CUUUCCCUGUCUUUCUCAAAUAAGUAAACUAUAUGCUAUUGCCUACAUUCGGACAACGAGUGAUGACAACGAGGAAAUGCACGUCCAUCUUUAGACGUUGCUUAUCCAUUCUACAACAACAAAAGAAUAAACCACAGAAGGGUGACCGUGUAGUUGUUGCCAUGUCAGGAGGUGUUGACUCUAGUGUUUCAGCCGCUUUAUUAAAGCAACAAGGUUUUAACGUCCAGGGUAUUUACAUGCGAAACUGGGAUACAGCCGAUGAAAGAGGCGUAUGUACAAGCCAGCAAGACUGGGAAGAUGUCCAAAAAGUGUGUCAAAAGCUAGAUAUUCCUUGUCAGCAUGUCGAUUUUGUGAAAGAAUAUUGGAACGAUGUAUUUUCAAAGACAUUGGAUGAUUAUGCACAUGGCCUUACACCAAACCCAGAUAUUGCCUGUAACAGCUACAUUAAGUUUGGCGCUUUACUCAACAAAGUACCAAAGGAUAGUUGGUUUGCUACCGGCCAUUACUGUCGGUCUACGCCCGACGGUAAAUUACUGAGAGGUUUAGAACGCAAUAAGGAUCAAUCUUACUAUCUAUCCUCCGUGCCUGAAGAAGCAAUAGCGCGUACACUCUUUCCACUGGGAGAGUUCACCUCAAAAGCGCUUGUGAAACAAAUGGCUGUGGAACAAUUUGGAUUAGAAGAGAUUGCUAAAAAGAAAGAAAGUGUGGGGAUAUGUUUUGUGGGUCAGCGAAAGAAAUUUCAUGAGUUUCUGAGCGAUUAUAUCGAUUUGCCACCCGGCCCUGCUGUCAAUGGAGAGAAUGGACACGUCAUAGGCGAGCAUAACGGCUUGUACGGAUACACGGUGGGUCAGGCAUCACGUAUUUGUCAUGGCUCAGUCAAAUGGUUUGUAGCAGAUAAAAUAGUAGAGGAAAACAAGCUGGUCUGUGUGCCAGGAUCAAAUCAUCCUGCAUUAUUCCAAUUAGGGUGUAUUGCGCGUGACUGGGUCUGGAUUCAUCACAAACCACCACAGCAGUUAGCUAAUGGCAACAUGGAAGUACAUGCUCAAAUCAGGUAUAGACAGGCUCCUGAAAAGGCUAUAUUGUCAAUGGCUCCAGAUGGACAAUACAGAGUGAAAUUUGCAAAGCCUAUUCGUGGAAUAGCACGUGGUCAACAAGUAGUAGUAUGGGAUCAAGAUUGGUGUUUAGGUGGUGGUGUCAUUGACAAAACUUUUCGUUAAAUGAUCAAUUUACUACUUUUUUCCAUUAUUUAUUAUGAACGCACGGCAACAACACUUCGUUCAUGUGGCUAUAAUGAAACACUCUGGUCAGUUUUUCAAUGAAUUCCCAAAAUCUUUUUGUAUAUAGUUCAAACAUCAAAUUAUGUUUUUGUAAAUAUAAUGCAUUAUAAGGCUU